GUCAAUAUGCCCGGCAAAGCUCCGCCAUGGUAUCUUCCCGAAACCCCGAUGCUCUUGUAGUCGACUGUCGACAACAGGUCACAUUCCUCGUCGGAAUUUGAGCUCUCGACGUCCAGACUCCAGAGCUGUCCUCUUGCUCCUCACGAGGCUUCGAGGGCCGACUCAGACGGCCCCAUGACCGUCGAUGAGGGUCACGGCCGUCGGUUCGUUCUUCAGGUCCCGAGUUCUAUAAAGCAGGGGAGCCCUGCAUCGGCUUCGACGCCCUGCUUCGACCUGGACUUUUGCAGAUAGUCCACGGGUUAUUGAUAAUUUGAUCAAUCCGGACGUUCGAACUCACGAUGAAGCCCGUACGAAACAACAUAACGGCCCCUCUUCGACUGGUAUCAGAUGUACUCCUUCUGUCGGGUGGGAUUACCUCUGUGUGUGGACACUCGCAAACGCGCACUGUAUCUUUGCUGUUCGAGAACGACGGAAAUUGGACGAGAUUCGCGGAUGUACCCAGCGCGUUGUACUAUUACGAACCCGUGUCCUUCUCUGAAGCGACAUCUAUCUGUGAAGCGAGCAACGAGACGCUCUUGGGCUCCGACCUUCUACCGUAUUUUUCGAACCAGUUCUCCUACAAAAAGUACCUAGGCGAAAUCGACUCGACCACGAAAAUCUGGGUGUCCGACAACUCCAGCCAGACCGAACCCGUGGCACAUGCCCCUCUUGACGAUAUGCUCGUACAAUCGCGCGGGGAUAAGCACUCUGAAGCAGCGAAACAUCCCGUCCUCUGCACAAACUCCCCACCGCUCACAUCCCAAGUCGACACGAAUUUCUCGUCUGAGGAGAUUUAUCCGCGCACUACGAUCGAGUCGGAUGGGGUAACUUUUACUGGGACUCGAGAUCACCUUUCGUUCCGGUUCAUGGGUAUACCGUACGCGAAGCCGCCUACUGGCGAGCUGAGGUUCAGAUACUCGGAGGCGUCGAACGUAACGGAUGUGGAUGCAACAGGAUUUGGACCUGCAUGCCCUCAAUUCGGAUAUUUCAACGGAAAUGAUUAUGGGCUUAUGCCGUGGGGCAACAGCGAGGACUGUCUGUUCUUGAACGUCUAUACGAGCUAUAUACCUUCUAGCUCAGACGUUCAUGGGAAUCAAACUUCUCUUAAACCCGUGUUGUUCUGGAUCCAUGGUGGCGGGGCAACACAAGGCACCGGUGCAGAUGCGACCUUCGACGGUGGCCCGCUAGUCUCCCGCACAGACGCCGUCGUCGUCACCAUCAACUACCGCCUCAACAUUCUCGGUCUCCUCGCUCUCAACGACACCACUUCCUCAAACUCAACAACAACAUCAUCCGCAGCAGUAACAGGCAACUACGCCCUCUCCGACAAAAUUCUUGCCUUGAAAUGGGUUCGACGUCACAUCGCUGCCUUCGGAGGCGAUCCGAACAAGGUGAUGAUAUUCGGCCAGAGCGCGGGAGGGUGGGGCGUUGUCGAUUUGUUGAUGACGGAGAAAACGGAGGAGACGGGCGUGGAGGGAUUGUGGUCUAGUGCGAUUAUUCAGAGUGGAGGGGCGAGUGUGAUACAGAGUUUGGAUGAGGCGGCGGAGACGAUAUUGCCCUAUAUCGACCCGCUGUGCCCGAGCGCCGUACCGGAAGAGCGUCUUUCAUGCCUCCAAUCGCUCGACCUUGACACGCUCCUCAAUAUCACGCAGAACGUCACCUCCUGGCGCACGUCUGCUGACGGCGUGUACAGGUCGACGUAUGCUGUCGAUCAGGCCAAAUUGGGACCUGACGCUGUGAAUAGCGUGCCUCUGUUGUCGGGGUACAUGCCAGAGGAGGGACAGUCAUUACUCGGGACGACCGUCUCGCCGAACUCUACAGCCUCGAAUUUCACGACGAUGUUGGAUCUCACUGUGGGCGAAGCUGUGGCGGAGAAUGUCACGGCGUCGGGGCUGUGGAACAUCACCGAUGCCUUUACUUCCUACAAUGCGACGGUCGACGUCUACAGUGACUACCUUCUUACCUGCGAUAACGAGGAUCUUAUUACGUCGGCAGCGGCGAGCAAAGCGUUCCCGGAUAUAUAUGUCUAUCAGAUGCAACGAGGUUUCGCGCUCUCCUACUACAAUCCCUACGGCCUCUGCUCUUUCCCUGUUGGCGAGCCCCAGCCAUAUUACAGAUGUCACUCAAGCGAUCUCCACGAGGUCUUCGGAACCUACCAUAUUUUCAACCAAACCGCGCGUGAGCCUCAGGACGUCUACUACACGAACCUCAUCCAAGACAUGUGGGCCUCCUUCGCGCGCACGGGCAAUCCGAACCCAGAUGUCGCGUACCUCCGUGCUAGGGGAUACAAUAGCACGUUGGCUAUAUUCAGCAAUUCGACGGAGUCGGAAGGUCAAGCUCAAGGGUGGAAGUGGCCGAAGUUCGAGGAGGAGAGUGCUGUUGUGGCCGAGUUGCAGUGGCCGAUAUUGGGGAAUGGGACGAGGGUAGGGAUGCCGGACGCUGAGAGAUGCAAAGUCAUUCUUGGGGAGGACUGAAGGGAGCCAGGAGCCGUCGCUCAUGCUGCCGGUGAGAACGUGGCGAUGAGAUUGACGCCGACGUUGUACAUUAUUUUCCAUCUAUGGGUACGUUUUCAGAGCGCCAAAUGCGGGUAUACGAGGUCUAUUGGCUACGGCUUUUUGGAAGAUGCGUACUUCGAAUUCGCGUGGCACCGCUUUUUUAUGUAACUCCCCAAUGUCCGCUCAAGUUGAACCUACUUACGCCACCCUAUUUGGCGCCACAUAUUCAUUAUUCCAUUCCAUGCCAAGUUAUAGCUAGGAUGAUCCGUGC